AUGAAGUCAAUCUUAAAAUCAAAAACGCAACCACAACCACAACUUUCAUUAUAUGGAAGAAUUCCUCAUAAUGUAUUAGCAAAUUUAUCUUUAUCCGCUUCUACCUCCACUAAUGACAAAGUUGAUGAUUUUGGAGAAGAUUCUGUUUGGAAUAUACCGAAUGAAGCUUGGGAGUGGAAUACUAUUGAGUCAAAAAAUUAUUAUCAACAAUCAUCAAUUAAUACUUCGUUAAACUCAAAUAUUUCUUCUGCCACUAUCACAACCACCAAAACUUCUUCAAUUACAACGCCAUCAUCAUCUGCAAUCAACAUCAAUAAUACCACUACUAUUUCCGAUCAAUUAUCUCCAUACUUGUUCUCUAUGUCGGACACUGGAAAUCAUCUUGUGAGUGCAACACCUGAUCUUUUUGUGGUUAUGGCUUUAGAUAAAGCCAGGAAAGAGUAUGAAGUUAUUGGAGAAUUUAAAGGACACUUUGAACGAGGUGAAAAAAUAACUGCAAUAUUAUGUUUACCAUUUUUCAUGCCAUCAGCUUUCAAAAGUCAAAUCUUUGUUAUAAUUGGUUAUAACACUGGAUACUUGAGAAUUUUUACUCAGGGAGUUUACAAAUAUCACAGCAACUAG